CAUCACUAACAUACAGGCCCCCAAUCUGCAUAAAAGAAAAAAUGAAAUGUCACUAAACUCUUUAGAAACCAAAGUCCACAAUGACACCCAAUAAUGCAUUCUAUCCCACAAGAAAUCUACCCCCUUUCUACAUUUUUACUUCAAAAAUCCUAACAUUCCUUUUCUACACUUUCAGAAUCCUAGAGACACGGAUUUAAGAAUAUCUUCUUUUUUUCACAUAUAAGACUGCCUAGGAUGGUAAUUGGGAAUUUAAUCUUUUACUUCUCCUAAGUCACAUAACAGUCAAACAGCAUAUUAGAAAAUACUUCGAAAUUGAAGAUCUGUAUCUAUGGCUUGGAAAUUAGUCAUUGGAGAUCAAAUAAAAGAUUGGCUGGAUGUUUCUGCAUAAACUUGCAGGCAGCUAAUGGGUGAAGAACUUUCUGGUUUGAGUGCCAAAGAUCUACAGAACCUGGAAAACCAACUGGAGACAAGUUUGAAAGGUGUCCGGAUGAAAAAGGACCAGAGAUUAAAUGAUGAAAUAAAAGAACUGAACCAGAAGGGAAAUCUCAUACAUCAAGAGAAUAUGGAACUGUAUAAGAAGCUAGACCUCAUAGGUAAAGAGAAUGCGGAACUGCAACAGAAGGUUUAUGGAGCAAGGGGUGUGAAUAAAGAAAACAAAAGUUCCCAACCUCCAUAUACCAUCACUAAUGGAUAUGAUUUGCAAACACCCAUCCAUCUGCAGCUAAGCCAGCCACAGAAUCAAACUCAGCCUCGGUCUCAGAACAAUGAAAUACCAGCAAAAGGAAUCAAAUUAGGGUAUGUCCUAAAAAUGCUAACAAUAUGUAUUCCCCACUAAUGUAUAAUAUAGCAUACUAUAUUGAUUCUUAUGCCCCAAAAAAUGAAAGAAUAAGCAAAGCUUACUAUUUUAUUUAAACUAUUAAAAUAUCUUCAAAUUCUGCAACAGAUUACAACUGCAUUAGCACAAAGUUGUUUCACAGCUGUGGGUGGCUAUCUGUCAUUAUGCAGUCAACUUGCACCACAAUGAAAAGCAAUCUUCUAGGAGUGAGAUG